GUUUUUUUUUUCAUUUUUAGAAUGUCUACGACAUUAUUCUUUAUUCAAAUCUGUUAUUAUUUUUUUACUCUUAUUGAUAAUUUUUUUAGUUAUCCCAAAUUGACCGCGCUAAAAUUCUGAGUCCAAAUCAAACGAUGUUUGCACGCGCAGAAAACAACAAAAUAUAUUCUAAACCGGUAAGACAGUAUUUAAACGAAUGGACAAUGCCGAACGUGGUGAAUAAAGCCAAGACGAGCCAAUUGAUGAAAAUGGAAAAAGAAAAUGAGAACAAGGAUUUGAGGCGCAAGUUGAAGAGUCUACAUAAAGUAACUGCAGUAACCUUUCGUUCGCUCUCAGAGCGGUCACCAGGACUGGUCAACAAGGAAACCGUUUGGGAUCGUUUGAGUCGCGUCAAGAAGAGCGCCAGCAAUGAGGGGAACUUCUUGUUGGGCGGCAAAAGUCGUACGCUAAUACCGGCAGCGAAGAGUACACUACGCCUACAACAGCAACAACAACAACGCAUGACAACACAACGUACGAAUAAAAAACCGUUAACGCCGAACACAAAUCUCAACAAACGCGUAACGGAGAAGAAAUCUGUCAGAAGAAUUAAGAGCAAAGCGACAUAUUUGAAUGAAUUGGAUUUGGAUAUGAAUGCUUUCAGUUGUAAGCGCGUCAAAGAGAUACUAACUGCGCGUAGUAUUUGCAAUUCGAAGACUUCUUCGGAAGAAUGCUCGUUGAAACAGGUGUCUGCGCGUUCGGAAAAUGUCAAUUGCUUACUAAAUGAUCAUCUCAACAACGAGUAUGAGUUCGAAGACUCCGAGAUGGAGAAGCAAGGGGAGUCACAGGAUUCUUCGGAUGAUUUUGUGGUUGCGCCACUGAUGGCAGUGCCCACAACAGACUCAUUGAAUAUGAGCGCAACAAUUUCUUCGAACUUCCGCUGCCUAUUGGAGGGUAGAAAGAAGAAUAUGGCGCCGGAAGAGAUAGCCACCAUUAAAAAUGUGGUGAAAACAGAUGAGCGGCAUCGUCAACUGCAGCCGAACGAUUCUAUACUCUUCAAAGAAAUACUCAAGACACAGUUGAAGGAGAUUAUACGUCAGGAGACGGUGGUGAAGUCAGCGUUACAUAAUCUAAACGACCAUUCCGUAGUGAACAUACCAACUACCAUAGCUAUACCAAAGCCCGUCCUAGCGCUGGAUGUGGAACCGAAAAAGCAACAAGUGGAUGUGAUCUUCAAAAAUGUGCCCACACUGGAGAAGGAGAUUAUCAUACUGAAGGCGUUGGGCGAGAAAUUAGAAGCCACUUUGAAACGCACCGUCUCACAAGGUGAUAUUAAGUUGCACGAACUCAAUAAGCUCGCUACAACGCUCGAAACGAAGUGGCAUGUCAGCCACCCUGAUAAUUUUCAAUUUGCCUGCAAUGAAUUCCUCUCCAUGGGCGUGCGUCGAUGCAUCGGCCUUGUGCAGGAGUUUCGUAUGGAGCACAAGACUAUUGUGGAACUGAAGGAGCAAGCUAGUCACCACUUUUAUCUACCUUCCAACAAAGAUAGUACGGAACUAAAGCGUACUUCGUUUAAACGUCUCAAAGAGAAUCCCGAUUUGCUGAUGCGUUACCUAAAGCCGAAAAGCACACUCGUGCCAUUCAAUGUGCUCGAACAAGACCCCUGUUUCUUCAAUAGUUUCCUCUACUCCCCUUGUGUCAUUGGUAGUUUGGAAAGCACUGUGUCGCUACCGAAAGACAUGCACGCUGCAGAGGCAGCUCCGAAGACACCAACAAAGGAAGCUGGCGAUAGCGCUCGCAGCGCGCGUGUACCAUACACGUAUGAGAAGGAGCCAUUGCAGAUCGAAGAGAUACAAUGCACCAUAAAUGAAGCACUCUAUAAUGGACAACAACAAUCAACAACGCGCAUUCAGGCUGAAAUCCCCACGACUCUAGAGGAAAGAGCGGUGAACACGUCACAUGCGCAUGUUUGUCUAUGUGAAGCACCGUUACGUGGACGUAAACGUCGACGUAUACGUCGUCAUCACACCCCGCUGUCACCGGAGAGCAAUCCGGAUCCGAAGAAUAACAUUUUCAAAACGAUACUCGUAGGUAGCGUACAAAUAUCCGUGUUUCUUCUACUCAUCAUGGCCAUUACAUAUCCGGAUGUUAGGUGCUGAAUUGCUUGAGUUAAACUGGCUGUAAUGGUGAAGCGCGCUUAUAA